AUGGAUAAAGCAGUAUCUCAUACCAUGCACCUUGAAGUAUCAUGUAGAAUUUUCACAAGAAGAGAGAAGAGCAUUCCAGGAACUCUCGGCAACGGCAGGCCAGUGGGAAAUAAACUGAAAAGGGUGAGUUUGGUUGGAGCCCAACUUCUCAAGGGCCAGCAUGCGUCUGACCACCAAGAAGGCUUGUUAAAAGACAGGUGGGCACCACCUCCAGAUUUUAUGGCUAAGCAGAUGAGAAAAGUAGCAGUCACUGCUCUGAUCUGCUCAUGGCUGGAAGAGGCCAGUUCAAAUACCAGUUACUUCUUCAUAUCACCUCAGAAAACAGACCACCUACAGGACCUCAUUCAGAACAGCAAGACCGCAGUUUACCAAAAUAAGCAGUGUCUAGAAGAGCAGUGUACACAGAUAUGUAUACUUGAUAACAAAAACACGAUCCUGCUGGAGAUCUCUUCACAGAAAAAAAUUACCCCGGUGGUAUUAUCAUUUAUUGUAAAGUUUGAACAGUACAUUCUUAGCAAAUCCAACCCCUACACUUUGCAGAUUAAGAAACUGGGGCUCAGGGUGUUUGUUUGCCAAGGUUCAUGGGGCUUGAUAGUGACAACAUCAGCCCCAGAAUCUACAUCUGCACAUGACAGUCGACUAUCCCGCCGCUCCACCAUUGCCCCCCAAUACUACGCCCACCCUAGAGGAGGGCGCGGGGGUCGCGCGCGCGCACACACUCACACACACACACACACACACACGUACCCGGGCACCCCCAUCCUCCAGAAUAGCCUCUCUCCAGGAUCUGGGGUUCAGGCGAGAAGUGAACCGCGCAGGGGAGGACCUCUGCCCGAGGAGGUUCUGAAGAGAAAACUGCGCUCCGGCGCAGGGUCGUGGGGCUCUCGGACGCAGGAGCGCGCCGCUCCGGCCGCGGAGGCGCCAGCAGCCGGAGCCCGGCGCAGGGCGAUCCCUGCGCAGCUCCUGGGGAGGACCCGAGUGGGGGGCGGACCGGGUCAGUUCAGGGGACUCACCUGGUCAUGUUGGCUCCGGGCAGUCGCCGCCACCGCCUCCCGCGCCGGCACCAGCACUUUCCUCCAGCUCCUUCGCGCCCCGCCACGGCCGCACAGCCCGCGCCUGCCGCGCCGCCGCCUCCGGGCGGCCAAUUUAAUCCCGCCGAGCAGCGGCCGUCGCCGCGGGAGCCCCCCCUGGUCGCCGCCGCCGCCGCCGCCCAGCCCUCGUGCGGCCAGCCCAGUCCAGAGCGAGGAAGUGGAGGAGAGUCAGCGAGUGAGUCCAAAAACCCGAAAUCCAGCAUCCACAGGAGCGCGUCCCCCCCGCCCUCCCUCCACCCCUACCCCCUUCUCCUCCUCCUCCGCCUCCUCCGCCUCCUCUUCCCGGGCCGUCCUCCUGGCCCUUCAGAGCCCGCGGCUUCCGCGGCGUUUUCUCCGCCCGCUCCCGCUCGCCCCGCGUCCGCGACUCAGGCUGCCGCCGCCGCCGCCGCCGCCCUCCGCGGCUUCUCUGAAGGAUACCGUGAAACCGUCUGCCUGGAAGGACGCCGAGUCGUCGGGCUAUGCAUGCUUCCUCCACAGAAGGCAAGGGUGGCUAAGGGGCCCUGUGCGGAUCCUUAGCAGAAAAGAGGAAUUUUAACCUUCUUCGCUGCUCAAAGGAUCUCCAGCAUGUGGGAAAAGCCAGCUUGUGGAAGCCACUGCUGGCAAUGGGCCCAACACAAUUCAUUAGAAACUUGGUCAGAAAGGUUAACUAAAGUCAAGCCAGGGCUUCCAGCCACCUCCAUGACUGAACCUGUGUGCAGGCCCGCCCAUGCACACAUUCUCAUUUCUGCAAACUCCAAGCUGUCUGAAAGGGCAGAGGUAAGCAGACCCCUUCGGAUGCAGCCUCGUUAUCCGGCAUACUGACUGCUGUCUCAAGCUGCCCGUUUGUUUCUACCAUCUGCACGCUGUGCUCCUGAAAAGCACUGAAGGAUUGGUCAGUAAUCCUCUGCCCCCUGUGUGUUCGGAAGAGAAAUCACACAUUUUUGAAAGGAGCCUUGCUAAGUGAAGUUUAGUUUUCCAACAAGUUGGUAGUGGGGGAGGAGCAUCCCGGCAUGACUUUUUUUUUCUUUUUUUUAAGUUAGCUUCAUGGUAAAAAUCAGGAAGAAAUCUAUUCCUGCUCAAGCUCUCAACCCAUGGCUGAUGCCACAAGGAGCUCAAAGGCUGAGCAAGCAUGAUGGACACCUGCUCUCUGUGCCCUGAGAAUGAGUCCAGAAAUUUUAGCCUCUCCAUAGGUGUUCUCACCCAAGAUGAAAACUCCAGCAGGGGUUUUUCAUUGUCGUAUCUUCUCUCUGAAAUUGGUGAUCCCACUUUUGUUAUCCAGACUGGAUGUUGGGGUGGGGGGACAAUGAAGAUUUUAAAACAUAAUAUUCCUAUGCUGUUAUCUCCAGUGGAGAGAGACACAUCCCUCUUGCUGCAGAUCUGACCUUUAAGAAGAACCCAUCUGGCAAGCCUGCCUGCUCUCAGAGGGCAUAGUUGAAGAUUUAUCAUCUUACCACGGUCGUAUCAAGUUAGACUAGCUAGAGAACUCAAUGAUGACUGUUAUCCACGUGAGCAAGCAGAAAUCAAAAACAGAGGACAAUGCAAGUAAAGGACGUGAGCCUAACUGAAAUCAAGGGAACCUAGGUGUUCCUGUCCCUACUGCAGCCUCACCAUCUUAGAGAAAGUAGUAAGGAGAUGUUGGGUGGAGGGGGCAGACUACAGAGUCCGAGCUGUUGGGCAACACAGAAGGAGAAUUACUAGGAUGAUGCUGUUGAUAUAGAUGAGACCAAUAGAGGAGUCAAACACCCACUGAACAUCCAAGUAGUAGUGGAAGUAAGUCUACAGGCAGCUACACAUGAUUAAUAUAUUCACCAACACAGCAGAAUGCUGAUGCUAAUGCUUGUUUAUCAUUUGGAUGUUUUAAGUCAAAGAGCAGAGGUGGCCUCAUCAUCUGUUGAAAUCACCUCACUUUCGCAAAUAUAGAAACUAAAUUCCUGAGAGUCUUUGAGCCCCCAGCAAUUUCAUGGCAGAAGCAGAAUAAAAAUCUAGAUCUCAUGAUCUGGUGUCCCCCAUCACACCAACUAUUCCUCAUUCCCUUCAGCCGCUAAGUCAAAGAAGCCAUUUUCCAUCUUAUCAAUGAGCAGUGGAGACUAUUUUAAAAUCAUAAAUACUUACAUGAAGGAAAAUGAAGCAAUAGGACUAGACAUUUUCUUAGUUCCUUUCCAGCUCUAACAUUCUGUGAUGAACAGCACACAGGAGCUUUGUAAAGCACAACCCCCUCUAGUGCAUAAUUCAGCAUACGAUGAGUAUGAGUCUGUGUUGGAUCUCAUCCAAGGGAGUUAGUUCCUAGAAACACUCGGAAGAUUUUAUUCUUAUUUAUCAUGAAGCAUCCUAAAGGAGGACUAAAAAUAAUUGUGACAACAAUAAUAGUAAUUUGUUGUUAGAUGUGCAUUAUGUACUAAGCAUUAUGUUAAGCCUGUUAUUAUAAACCAGUGUUUUCAAAAUGCACAUUUGACCUUUUGUGGGUCAUGAAUCUAGUAAGUCAUAAGGAAAUUUUUUUCAAUGAAGCAGAAGUAGAAAAAGAAUAGAGCAUAUUCUAUACUCUACAAACACUGCUAUGUAAUGCUUAUGUUUUGACCCUGUUGCUAGUGAUUUUAAGAAAACGUUGCAAAGGCACUGUCUUGUCUCCAGUCUGAACCACUGCUGUGUUAGUGAAGUAUUAUUUGUCUCAUUGUAUAAGUGAGGAAACAGGAGUAAAAGAGAAGUAAUUUGUCCAAGCUGAUUUAGUCAGUGAGUAGUCAAGCUAGAAUUCUGAUCCAAGAUCUGUUUGACUUCAAAUCCUAUGUUUUUCAAAUCUUUCUAUGCUGGUGAUAAAUUAUUAACUGGGUUAUGGAGUAAAUUGUUGCUUAUCAUUUUUUCUUUGUGAAGACUGUAGUGGUUAUAUUAAAUCUAGCUGGAAUAGAGAAACACAGUACAGGUUCAAGUGACAUGUUCUGAACAUACAAGCAGUUUCAUAAGGCAUUGAAACUACUGAGAUCUUUUCCUACAGGUGUCACGUUAUGUCUAAGAUGCAUUAUGUCUAGCAUACUUCAUAAAUCUAAAUGCAGAAAGAAAUAAUAAUUAAAUGGCUUUAAUCCUCAAAUAUCAUAAAUAUUCAUCUCUACAAGUGUUAAAAUGUUUGAUGGCAUUUUUUCAAAUUUUAUUCAUAGAGUAAUAUAAGAGGGUCCCUAAAUUAAACAGUAUAUUACUUAACUUGAGGGUAUAAGAUAUACACCUAUAAAGUAAUGAGACACUGUAAUUCCACCUAACUAUGAAGAGGAACAGGAGACAACAACUCUGUGCCAUACUGACUGCUUUGAUUCAUACAGUCCUGUAGAUUCUGUAGUAACACUGCACAUUUAGGUAUUGUUAUUCCCAUUCUUCAGAUUUGAAACUUGAAACUUAAAACAGGAAGAUGAUUGAAAUGAGAACCUGAUCCUGGUCUUUUCACAGACAGCUGGGCUUCCACCAAGGUUGUGAUUAGAGAUUUUGACACAUGCUGUGCACUCAUUCACACCUGUCUCCACAAGAGAGAAACACACAUGCUUUUUCUGCAGGGUGGCAUUUCUUGUCACCAUCAGGCACCACUGUCCUCUUUAAGAAAAGAAAUCUGCAUCUUUCUCUAAAGAAAGGCCUAGGAGAGCCAGGCCCUUUCCCGUCUGCUCGUUUGACUCCUGCACUUCACCCUCACCUGCAGUGUGUAGAGGACGUUAUGGUACGAUGCUAUUUUCCAUUGGCUCAGCUACUGGAGAUUACAGCAUGCGACUGUGACAAAUGGAUAUUCCCAUUAAAUUCUUUAGUGGAGUGGGGCAUUCCAUUAACCACUGGCACUAUCCCAACCCAAGUGAAACACUGGGUCAUUUUUUUUCUUGUGAGCAAGAAGUGAAGGGAGAAAACAAAGGAUAUACUCUAAUUACCUUUCCUUUUUUUUGCAUGCAUUAUGAUAGCCGUAUAUUACAAUUAUUUAUAAUUAAUAUAUGACAAGCUGUCAGCUAAAAUUUAACAGGUGAUUUGUCAAGAAGCUCUAUUAAUACAUGCAUGAAGCACUGUAUUUCAGUGUUUCCUAACAAUAAAAUUGUCUUGGUUUUAUUUUUCAAAUCUAUUCAGUUUAAACAUUCAGAGACCACCUAUCUACAUAUUUGCAGCCUCUUUUUAAAAUACAAUUAUUGAUAACACAAAUAAGUGUAUUGUUAAUCAUAUCCAGUAUAAGCACAUUUUUAUCACUUCAACCUUUAAAUGCUAAGGUUUCAACUAAGGAAACCAAUUGCCUAGUGUUUAUUUUUUUGGAUUUAAACUUUUAUGAUUUUAAUACAUUUUUUAAAUGAUGUCUUUAGCAGUAAAGACAAAAGGUGAAUGGAGAGUAUGGUACCUGCAGUUAUGUACCUUGCCAUUUAGUGCUUGUAUCUUCUGUGAGAGAACUUUGAAAUGAAGAAAUAUUUUAAAAUAAAAAGAUUGAGAAAUCACCAGAAAGCAGGUAAUUAAUCACCGAAUACAGGGAAAAUCUCCAGAGACCAAAAACUGAGAAACAGGCUGAGUGGUACAAGAAUGGGGAACACAAUGGACAAGAAUCAUGGAUAGUUCCUGGGAGUGGGAACAAGAUUCUUAAGAAGAAGGAAAAUCUUGGUUUCAACAGCUGCAGAAUGUCAAAGUCACAGGACAUAACCUGUUAAAUUUUAAACUACAAUUUGAUUAUUGGAUCUGCAGCCAACCAAAGUUUGUACUGUUUGAGAAUGAUAGAAAAGUAAGACAUUUGUUUAAAAUUUCACUUGCGCAAGCCUAACUCUUAUCUUUCAAGACUAGGACAUGCUGCAGGCUGUUAAUGACUUGCAAUCAACUACUGUAGAGGGUGCUGAAUCUCCUUAAUGAAAGAAUGUGCUUCAAGAUUCAAUAGUUAGGAAGGGAGAAAAAAACAAGAGGAAAACCCAAGGCACAGCAGUUGUUCAAAGGUAAUAAGACUUUGGUGUCCACCCAGUUCAGGUUUCACAUUUUUAGCAAGAAAGCACCAAGUUAGAGCCAUGAAAUUAUUUUUAAAGGGUCUUUCUAACAGUUUCAGAAAAUGAUUUCAGAAGUGAAAUACCACAAGUUGAUACCCAUGUAACAGGAAGUGUGGCUCUUCCUGAUCUGGGGAUUGUAAGCAGUCAGUGGCAGACUAGUCCUGUAUAUUGGUUCAGAUCUCCCCUCACUUCCCAAAUGCAGCUGUGUCCCUAAGCAUUCUAUGGACAUGCAUUCAACAGUUUUAAAAACAAAGAAUACAGCUGAGACAUGAA